GUCUCUCUCAGUUACUUCCCAGCCCGGCUUGAGAGCAGCAGCCGAUCAGGCGACAUCCUCCCUGCGUGCGGGUCGCUGUGCGGUGCGUUGCGGUGCGGGAGGACGGAUCUGCGGGACUCUAAUUCUCCGCCUGCGUGCUCGGCUUUCUUUCUUUUCUGUCCUUCUUUCCUCACUUUGGGAGUUUUAUUUUCUUUCUUUUCGGACCUGUUUAGAAUGAGAACCUCCAUCCCAGCUCCUUUGGUUUCUCUCAUCCACACAUCCGCUCAUUUUGUUCAUUUCGACCAUCCGACCUCAUUGUUCCAUUUUUGUGCUGCUGUCACCCACAGUUUGUCGCCCUCCACCUCCACCUCCAGCUCCAGCUGAACGCGGAAUACCUCAGCCUGCUGCUGUUGGAUGUUGGCUCUUUUUACGCAGAGGGAUUUCUAUUUUCUCUGAAGGAUGAUGGAUCUCUAACGCGCUGCGCCCUGAAUGAACCAACCGUGCGCUCUUCUUUUUUCUCUGGUUUUUUUUUUUUGGAGAUGCUCUGAUCGGAGCUUGUUGGGUCCGAAUGCGCUGGAUCGGGAUAUAAUCUGAAGAUCUUUUUGCUUUUCUGUUGUUGUUAUUUUGUUUUCUGCGUGGACACACACGGCUGUUCCCCCUCUGAGACGGAGUGUGCACCGCAUCCAUCCCGGAGGCGCGCGGGCUCACCAUGGGGGACUCGAUGUGGAGAUAUUAUUUUGGAGUUUUCUUCCUCGCCUUCGAACUGGACUUGUGUCGGCCGCUCAUUCUGGAGUCCAUCUACUGGAACACGACCAACACCAAAUUUGUUCCGGGCCAAGGCGUGGUUUUGUACCCGCAGAUCGGGGACAAGCUGGAUAUUGUGUGCCCGCGCGUGGACGGCGGGGUCGUCGACGGCGUGGAGUAUUACAAGGUGUACAUGGUGCCCAGGGAGCAGCUGGAGAGCUGCACCAUCACCAAGGCCGACACGCCGCUGCUGAACUGCGUGAAGCCCGACCAGGACGUGAAGUUCACGCUGAAGUUCCAGGAGUUCAGCCCCAACCUGUGGGGGCUCGAGUUCUUCAAGGGGAAGGACUACUACAUCAUCUCUACAUCCAACGGCACCAUGGAGGGCAUCGACAACCAGGAAGGGGGCGUGUGCAAGACCAAGUCCAUGAAGAUAGUCAUGAAAGUGGGGCAGAAUCCUUCUGAUCCCGUUUCACCCAAAGACAUUCCCACCAGAACGCCCUACAAGCCCGGGUCGCCGGACGACGAGAGGGAGAAAAACGAAGUCCAGCUGACACGAGACAAAUCCAAAUUAGAAGACGGCGGCGGCUCCGGCGGCAGCGGCGGGAAAUCGUCCAGCGCCAUCGGCUCCGAGGUGGCCAUCUUUGUGGGCAUCGCCUCGGGCAGCGUCAUCUUCAUCAUCAUCAUCGUCAUGCUGGUCCUGCUGCUGCUCAAGUACCGGCGGCGGCACCGCAAGCACUCACCGCAGCACACGGCCACGCUGUCGCUCAGCACGCUGGCCACGCCCAAACGCGGCGGCGGCGGCGGCAACAACAACGGCUCGGAGCCCAGCGACAUCAUCAUCCCGCUCAGGACUGCUGACAGCGUCUUCUGCCCGCACUACGAGAAGGUGAGCGGGGACUACGGACACCCCGUCUACAUCGUUCAGGAGAUGCCGCCGCAGAGCCCCGCCAACAUCUACUACAAGGUCUGAGGGCCGGGAAAACGAAAACGCAGAACCCGGACAAGCCCCCGGUCGGAGCGAAACGAACCGCCCCGCUCUUCCUCUCUGUCGACUCCUCCUCCUCCUCUCCUCUGAUGUUUCGUCACUAGUCGUUUCCUCUCUGAGUUUUCGCCCUUCGCUCCGGGUCGGUCACAGCCGGCGCAGACGAUGGGGACGAGUAGCGAAGCCGCCGUCGCUCGCCGGGAAGCGGAACGGACAGCCUCUUCUUCGUUUUCGUCCACCGGGAUUAAGUGAGUGGGAUGGAUGGAUUUAUGGAUGUGAAAGUUUUUGAAAGUGUGAGAAAAAGACAGACUGCUGUUUUGGAAACAGAGACUUUAACGAUGGGAGAAAAAGCAGGAAGUGGGCGGAGCUUGAACUCAGCUGAGCGGAUUUACCAGCGGGAUGCAGAGGGAUUCCCACACCGGACCUUUUGUGGGACUUUCACCCACUCACCUGUCCACCCACAUGACUACCAUCACACAAACACUCACCUGUGCACAGAAACAGACUCACGGGUCAAUGUGACGUGUUGUCGAUCACAGCAUCCCUCCUCAUCCUCAGCUCGGUCUUAUUUCGCGUUUUACUUGAAGGUUUAGAGAAAAAAAAAAGAUUGAGUCUCUUUGUUUAGUUCCACAUUUACUGGUUUCGUUCAUAUCUGUUUUUUAUACUUUUACGACGGCGUAUCACGGCCACUUUGGGCAGAAAAAAAGGAGCAAAUUUCUGCCAAAAAAAAUCACAGAUUAAUGUCUGAAGUUUUCUAGGAAAAAAACGUAAAAAUUUCAGAGUUUCAAAAUUCUAAAUAUUGCGAUAAAAAUAAAUUUUGAGAUUAAUUUCUGAGAUUUUCUAGAAAGGACUUGGAAUAUUUUGAGCUCAGUCGUAAAUUUGUGAGAAAGAGAAAAAUCUCAGAAAUUUUGUAGAUUAAACAAGGAAAUUCUCUGCAAAUUUACAAAACAAAAAAAAAAUCAGAGAUUCUGAGAUUAAUCU